AUUUCUCGCCUUAGUUUCAUCGUAAAAGUCGUUGCGGAAAGACGCCCUGGAAAUUGUAACCAACCGCAACCAAAGCCAAAGAAAAGUUCAUUCAAUUCUAUUUGAAUUUUGAAAAAUAAAAUUCUUCUUUGUUUUAAUAAAGAACAACAAAAUUCGUCGUCAUUGCUUUUGUGUGUUAAAAUUGGCUGGUUGUUUUGUCUGACUGUCGGUCUGACACAUUGACAUAAUGAAAUCUUUUGUUUUCUUAUCAUUUCUUUGUGCAGCUUUAGUGCUGGCCAAUGCCGAAUUGGAAUUCGAUAAAUUAAAAGUGGAAGUCUAUUAUGAGACCCUGUGUCCGGACAGUAUGCGUUUUGUACGCAAUCAAUUGUAUGGCGCCAUGAUCGAUGGUAGUCUGUUGCAGUUCACUGAUUUGGUAUUUAUACCCUACGGAAAAGUGGGGUCUUGGACGAAUCCCAGCAAUAAUGUAACCACACUUUUCUGUCAACAUGGCAAACGGGAAUGUGAAUUGAAUGCUCUGCAUGCCUGCAUCGUGGAACAUAACACAAUGCGGGAGCAAUUGGAUAUGAUUACAUGUCUCUUGAAUGGUUAUUCCACCGAUAUUGAUACGUGUGCAACCCAACUGAACAUUGAUGUUACUGCGGCCAAAAACUGCAAGGCCACCCGAACUACUGUGGAUAUUUUGAAGAAAUAUGGCAAUAUGACAGAUGCCAUUGAUAUGACAUUUGUACCCUCCGUUGCUAUUGGUGGGGUCUUUGACAUAUGGAAACAAAGAAGUAUUCUGCACAAUUUCGCCAAAGUCUUUUGCCGUAAAUAUAAGGAGAAGUAUGAUGUGUAUCUACAAGAUUGCUAUUGAAUGGGAUUUUUACCAAAGAAUUUGAUAAUUAUAAUAGAAUAAGAAGAAUAGCUGCGUUUUGUGAUAUUCUAUCAACAAUAGUUGUGCUUUUAAUAAUAAAAAGAUAUGUCAAGUUCGACGUCGAAGUAUA